AACCAACGUGGCUAUUUUCACCGGAAAUGCGCGCGAAAAGUGGAAUCGGAGAAACAUUGUUGUUGAACAAAUGGAGCGGAGAGACCAAGAAAAUUCUACCUUACACCAACCAUUGAUUCCCUCCGAUUUCCCUCUGAAUUCGAACCAUCAAUUUCGAUUACCCAUCCCCACGUCCCGAUCGCCAUUGUGUUCAAUUCGAACUAGAACGGGAGCUAUGGGGACGUCCAAGAUGGACAAUAUUCGCUGUUCCACAAUUGUUUUGGGCAUUUCCAAUGCCGCCAUCGCCCUUCUCGGUGGAUUUCUCAUCCUCGUUCUUUAUCCCUCUUGUGAACGCCGAUACAUUCUUCCGUUUCUGGCCGUCUCCUUGGUUUCUUGCAUCAGAAUCGUCACCAUGGUUCAGAGCGGCAUUGCUCAGGAGGCUACGGCCAGAACUAUUCUCGAAUCUCCCGGUGAUACUGCUGCUGUUGUUGACACCGUUAUGCGCCGCGAGAGACGGUUCAAGUGGUUGUGCUUUAGGAGUGGCUUCAAAGGAUAGAUGGUGGAAACGAAAGCUACUGGUUUUAUUUACAAUUUUGGUGUGCUUUGUUGCACUGGUUCAGUGUUUUACUGGUAUGGAUGUUCUAAGGUGGAGAUCAUUUUAUUCAACUCAAGAUCAUGCAUGGAAAGCACAUUACAGUGAGAUAUUUGACCAUGGAAUUCGUGAAGCAUUAUGCUGUUUGGGACGUUCCAAAUACUUGAGUGUCCUGGAAGAAGAUGAGGUCUUCUCAGUAGCACAAUUAUUGGGUGAUCUUGUUACUUAUCGCUCAACUGGCACUGGGCAUUUGGAAUUUUUAGCAGGUCUUGCUUUAUUGCAGAGACAUGGCCAACUGGUACACACUUCUGAAAAUCUCAUUGAGGCACCUAUAGAUAAACUUGAGGAGGCUGCUGUUCUUCAUAAAUUUGCUGAAGCAGCUUACACGGGGCCAUUGCUUGAUUUUGGAAGAAACCCACUCUCAUUUCCUUGUGCAUGGGUCUAUCGACAAGGGAUAUUGACUCCAUGGACUCGUAACAAGCGGCCUGUACUCCAUGGUGAUAACUGGUGGCGCGGCCAUGCUGCAGCCUUUCUUAAAUAUGUCAAGUUACCACCUGAAGUACUUCGAAGAGGGCGUGUUAACCAGGCAAAGUGUGAAGCUGCAUACUUUGUUCUGGUUCUUCAUGAUGUGAAAUGUUUGGUGAUUGCCGUAAGAGGAACCGAGACACCUGAAGAUCUCAUAACUGAUGGUCUAUGUAGGGAAUACACACUUACUGAGGAAGAUUUGGAUGGGCUGAUUAAUUGUGACCAUAUUCAACCCAGUGUGAAGCAGAGGAUUAUGUCGUCCUUCCCGCACCAUGCCCAUUCGGGGAUUCUUGAGGCUGCCAGGGAGUUAUAUAUGCAAAUUGAAGGAAAUUGUAGAGAUCAUGAUGGGGCAGGAUCUGAAUCGUGCGGUCUUCUUUCUUCAUUGCUGGGUCCUGGGUGCGAAUGUGAUGGUUAUCAGGUUCGCAUUGUAGGGCAUUCCUUAGGAGGAGCUAUUGCAGCAUUACUUGGACUAAGAUUAUACAGUCGGUGUCCCAGCUUACAUGUUUAUGCAUAUGGGCCACUUCCGUGUGUAGAUUCAAUAAUAGCAAGUGCUUGUUCAGAGUUCGUGACAAGUAUUGUGUUCAACAAUGAAUUUUCAUCUAGACUGUCAGUUGGAUCGAUUAUGCGUCUUCGUGCAGCUGCAACUAAAGCACUGUCACAAGAUAGCAAGGAUAAGUCAACCCCAAUUUUCCAGCUUGCUCGAAGAUUCCUUUAUUUAAGUAAUUAUCAGAGAGAUGUGAAAGAAAUAAUGAAUUCUCAAUCAGAAAAGUAUCCUAGGCAAAUUGAGGCAGAUGACCAGGGAAUCUCCUCCAGUUAUCAGCAGAACGAAACUAGUGCUAUGAAGAAAGAAUACCAAGAAUCCUCUCUCCUGGCAAAGAAUCAAAUCAAUGCAAAUAAUAUCACAGUUGAAGAUGAUGAGUUCUCCAAUUCUGAUGAUCUGGUAUCUCAAAUUAUAGAAGCUGUUGAAGGAUCUGAAAAUGACAACUCAACUGAGAAUUUCUCAGAGAUGUACCUUCCAGGCCUUUUAAUCCAUAUAGUUCCUGAAAAAAGAAGGUUCACUUUACCUUUCUUGAACAGCUUGAGGUGCCAAGCUCUUACAGAUGAUUUUAAAGCUUAUGUUGCAAACAGAGAGAAUUUCAAAGACAUUAAUGUAUCACCUUCAAUGCUCUUAGAUCAUCUUCCUUGGAGAUGUCACGCUGCUUUGCAAAGGCUUUUGGAUGCACAAACUGCCAAAGGUUCACUUCAUGAAACUCUGAAUGUGUAAAUAAAACAACAUAGUUGAAAUUAAAUUUUUAACAUUAUUUGGAAAUAAUUAUAAUUAUAAAAUGAGAAUCCAUUCAACUGUAUUUUAUUCUGUUUA